GAACAAGCGGGCCUCCCGAUCUUCCCGAGGAAAGUACUAGGUACCCGUACGACAGCGCGGGGAUYUUCCCUUUGAUUGCAUCCGACGGUUCCGCAUUCUCGCCAGAGAGGCUGCUAGCUAGUAGCAGGAUGGGCUCUGAUUCWCCAAUCCCGGAGGAAGGCACGAACGGCACCGCAAGACCAAUCACCGAAUCUCGCAAUGCCCGGAACAAGGGGAGUGGAUCUCGAGACGGAGAUCGAGUCUCUCGGCGGGCACGAACGAGGCCACGGAGCGCCGCCAAGAGAACGAUACCCGUGCCGCUUCGGCUGCUGGCGCUAGCGCUGCUCGUGGCUGCGACGACGGCGGCGGCGGCGGCAGCAACAACGACAGCAACAACGACAGCAAGCGGCCGGCUGCCCCUCUUGCUGCUCCUCCUCCCGUCCACCGCGGCCUUUUCGCUGCCGCAGCGCGGGCCCCUCUCGAAAGGCCACCGGCAGCGGGGAAGACCGGGGGCCGCGCUCRACCAAGAGCCCCUCCCGGGCCGGGUUCGAAACCACCGGCCCCUCCGGGCCAAAACCGGUUCUGGCGCCCCCUUUUCCGCGGAGGAAACGCCGGACGGGGAGCCCCCGCACACCUUUCGGGACUCGUGGUCGCUGGUCGUCCUGGGCGACCUGCACAUGGAGGACGACAUGCGCCACCACGAAGAGGCCCGGAGGGACUGCCUCGAGGCGCUGGCCGGCCAUCCGCUCCUGGCGUCUCCGCUGGGCCCGAAUGGAAGAGACAAAUACAAAUACAAAUACAAAUACAAAUACAACGACAACGCGCUCCCGGCCCUGGACGGGGAACGGCUCUCGGCGAUCUGCGAAAAACCCGGGGGGGCGCUGUCCGAGGAGGAGCUCGAGCUGUUGCUGGCGCGAAAGAAACACCGGUACCUCAAGUCGCACAUUGUCAGCCUCGGCGACCUGGGUAAGAACGAACAAUCAAACAAAGAAGGCAACAAGCAAGCUCGUGCACAUGGCCCCGCAUUGCGAUCCUUKUCCCGACCGUAGUUUUUCGUUUGCUGACGCUUUUUUUCCUUUUUUUUCGGCAAAACAAAUCCCUUGCACCGAAUCCAUCUCGUGUCAAUUCGACGGCUUCGCAGGACGAAAGGACAUUCGGCACGAACCCGGCGACGCCGGUACAACGAAAAGCUUUUUGGAUGCAAAAGCCUAUUUCGAUGGAUUCGAGGGCAUUCCCUAUGACCUCGUAACGGUAAGCAAGGAGGGCAAAUCUGGAGGAUGGAGUGGUUGCUGCGCCAGGUCAUUGCUUCGCCUUUUUGUGUUUUGGUGAUGUUGCAAUGGCACCGGCGUGUUCGUUCUUUCUUACCCACCUGCUUGCUCUUUUCGAAACACCGUUGGCAMCAAAACAAACCCGCAYACGUUCGCGCACGAAAGGGAAACCACGACCUCGAGGGACUCGACGAAUUCGAUACGGACGAGGAAAACCUAMRGGCCUGGAUGGACUGCUUCGACAAGAAAACACCCCAUUUUUCCCGCACCAUCGGAGACAGAACCCUGYUGCUGGGCCUCUCGACGGUCCGGUUUCGCGACGCCCCCUAUUCCUCCCACGAGGUCCACGUCGACGACGACCAGAUCGAGUGGUUCCGCGACAUGGUGGAAUCGCACCCCGAGUCGGAGGGGUGGAAGAUCCUGGUCUUUUCCCACGCCCCCAUCACCGGCAGCGGCCUGCGGGUCCUGCAGAGCGUCCACGUCACCAACGGCUGCGCCUGGCUGAACCACUGUUCCCCCACCGACGUCCGGAACUCCUUCGUGAGGAUCGUCAAGGAAAACCCUCAGAUCAAGUGCUGGCUGAGCGGACACUUCCACCUCUCCCACGACUACCAGGACGCCCUGGUCCAAGCGGUCCCGGGAUCGCCCUGCGCGUUCUUGCAGGUGGGGGUCAUGGGGCCGGGCUCGAGCCGCGACCGGAGGAGGCAAUCGAGGAUGAUACGGGGCUGCGGGGGAGAAUUCCUGCAGAUCUUCUCCAUCAACCACCACCAGCGCGAGGAUUGCGGAACAACGGAUGCCUCCAGGGCKAKGGUCCGGCUGGACGCCACCAUUGAUCUGCGAACGGGCGAACUGACGCACGGGAAAGGAGACGAAGCGUCCCCCCCGCCGGKGAGCAGCGGAGACGCCACCGAAACCGCCRCGGCCACCGCCGGCAGGGAUCCGGAUUGGUUCCAGGCGUACGUCCCCCAGCCGGAAGACGGCUGCUAUCUCGAGGACGUCGGMGGCGACAUUUCUACMGGUGGAAAGACGGUUUGCUGGUGGCACAUGGCCGACGGCAAGGUAUUGGGACUGCACGAGGGGCAACUGGUGGAAUACGACGCCGAGACACUCAGCCCRCUGGGCGUGGUGGUCACGAAGGAACAGCUGGCCGCCAAACCCAGUGCCGGACACGGAGACGAGACCACCGGUCCGCCCAGGACCAAGGAAAUCCUGGUCGUUCAGAACAAAUCGACGCUGGUCCUGGUCGACGACGAAACGCAGGACGUGGAAGUCGUUCAUCCAAACGCCGAYGGGAGCUACUGGAGAAAGUUCCAGCGAAACAAGAAAAUCCGGCUGGAAGAAAAGGCGAGAGAAGAAGUUGCCAKGCGCUGGAUGUCGCAAAACACUGUUGCAAAGAAGGAAACCUAAUCGUGCACCACCAAGCACAGACGGAUUGUAUACCCCGUCGCAAGAUGKCAU